GUCCGACAUGGGCUGGCCUUCAUCUUGCUUCUCUGUCACUUUUCAAUGUUCACACAACAAAUGAAUUUUAGCAUCGCCAUGCCAGCUAUGGUAAACCACACAGCCCUACCCAGCCAAGCCAACGUCUCCAAAGCAGGGCCUCCCACUGAAGCCCCAGACAAUAGGAGUGAAACUCCAGAGGAACUCAAGGCCGUGGCACCUGUCUAUGACUGGAAUCCUGAGAUCCAGGGAAUCCUCCUUGGUGCCCUCAACUAUGGCUCUCUCUUUGCUCCAAUCCCCACUGGCUAUGUGGCUGGUGUGUUUGGGGCCAAGUACGUGGUUGGUGCUGGCCUGUUCAUUUCCUCAGUCCUGACCCUCUUCACUCCACUGGCAGCUGAUACUGGGGUGACCUUGCUCAUUGUCCUUCGCGUCAUCCAAGGCAUAGCCCAGGUUAUGGUAUUAACAGGUCAGUUUUCAAUUUGGGUCAAAUGGGCCCCCCCAGUGGAAAGAAGUCAGCUUAUCACCAUUGCUCGAUCAGGAGUCUUACUGGGAAGCUUUGUCAUCCUGUCCGUCGGCGGCCUCGUCUGCGACACCAUUGGGUGGCCUUAUGUCUUCUAUAUCUUUGGUGGAAUAGGCUGUGCCUGUACUUUGCUCUGGUUUCCUCUUGUCUACGAUGACCCUGUGAAUCAUCCGUUUAUCAGCCCUGCUGAGAAGGAAUACAUCGUGGCUUCACUGGUUGAACAGGGCGGUUCUCCUGGCUGGUCUGUUCCCCUGAAGGCCAUGGUCAGAUCCCUGCCACUCUGGGCCAUUUUAGUGUCUGCAUUUAGUAUAUAUUGGCGUAAUUAUAUCAUAGUGUCAUACACACCAACAUACAUCAACACUGUACUUCAAGCUAACUUCCGAGAUAGUGGGAUCAUGUCAGCUCUGCCGCUCUUUGUUGCUUUUCCCAUAUUUAUCCUUGGAGGUCAACUGGUUGGUUUUCUCCUCUCCAGAAAAAUCCUUAGGCUCAUCACAAUCAGGAAACUCUUUACUACCAUAGGGGUUCUCAUCCCAACUGGACUCCACCUGUCCCUGCCCUGGGUGAGAUCCAGCCACAGCACCACCCUGGCCCUCUUGGUACUGACUUCUGUCUUCCGCAACUUGUGUGAAGUAGGAGCGCUUCUCAACAUGGUGGAUAUUGCUCCUCGGUACAGUGCCUUUCUCAAGGGACUAUCGCAAGUGUUUUCUUCCCUAGCUGGAGCAGUCUCUCCCACCGUUAGUGGAUAUUUCAUCAAUCAGGAUUCUGAGUAUGGUUGGAGAAAUGUCUUCUUCGUUGCAGCUGCUGUUGACAUAGUAGGCCUGGUCAUCUACCUCAUCCUGGGGAGAGCCGAAGUCCAGGACUGGGCAUAG